UCGGUGCUAGAUUGGAUGCUUUGCCAAUUUUUCUGGGUGGGUUGGUGGGCUGGAAUUUCAGAAGAUACUAAUGAUCCAUAUGGUCGUAUUAUUCGUAUAAGUGCAGAGCAUGGGAGAUACGUGGCCAGAAGUUAUAGUCCCCGGCAGCUUGCAACAGCUACAGCUGGUAUUCCCCUGUUUGAAAUCUUUCUAACAGUUAAUAAGAUGGGUGAAUACAAACAGCAGGCAGUGUACUUGAGGCGGAUGGGAGGUCCUCGAGAUUUUCCAGUUGUUGCACCCAAUUCAUUGGGUCUUACCGGGAGCUUGAGCCCCUUAGACUCAACUGAAGACAAAACUGAUUUGUUUGAGAGUACAGAAGACACAGGAGAUGGUGAAGAUAGGGACGAUGAUUCUGAUAUAGCUGAGGGAUUCUCUGGUUUUGAUAAUGUUUUACGUGAUAUGAUACCUGGUGUGAAGGUCAAGGUUUUGAAAGUGACAGCUCCUGGGAAGGUAGACCGGGAUCUCAUAUCUAAGGUGAUUGAACAAAUGAUGGAGGAUGAAGAUGAGGAUGAAGAGAAGGAUACUGAUGUAGAAAGUGUAGACACAGAAGAUGAAGAUAAAGGCGAAAGUGAUCUAGAGCAGAAUGAGAUUGAAAUGGAUGCUGGUGGUGGAAUCCUUGAUGGGGAAGAGCGAAGUGAAAUUGCAGUUAAGGUCGUUGUUGGUGGUCUUGUGCAGAAAAUUUCCAAUAUUGCACCAAAUAAAAAUUUAAUUCGAGUACCAGCCAGGCUAGAGAAAAGGGGUCGCUUGUCGUUUUCUUUUUCUAUAGAGAAAGAUGACAAUCAACUGGUUUCUAAAGGCAAGGGUCAAACUCCACAGAACAAAAAAGCUAAGCUUCGAGCUAAACAUAGCAUUGACCAUGUUAUGUUUGACCUGGCAAAGUUUAUUGGCAGAGGGAAGAUACCUAUGAAGGUGCUUAAAGAUAUUGGUGAAUUGAUAAAUUUCACUCUCAGUCAGGCUCAAAAUCGUCAGUUACUCUCUGGAUCAACAACAUUUAAUCGCAUUGAGAUUCCAUCAUCUCCUGAUCCUUUAAAUGGACUGUACAUUGGCGCACAUGGGCUUUAUACUUCAGAAGUCAUUCAUGUGAAACGCAAAUUUGGUCAAUGGCAAGAGGAUGGUGGCGCUAAGGAGCCUCCAAAUCUUGAAUUUUAUGAGUAUGUAGAAGCUAUAAAAUUAACUGGGGAUCCUUAUGUGCCAGCUGGUCAGGUAGCAUUCCGCGCGAAGGUUGGGAAAAAAUAUCAGCUUCCUCAUAAAGGGAUCAUUCCAGAAGAAUUUGGAGUGAUUGCUCGAUAUAAAGGACAAGGCAGGCUUGCUGAGCCAGGUUUUCGGAACCCUCGAUGGGUAGAUGGCGAGCUUGUUAUUCUAGAUGGAAAGUAUAUUAAAGGGGGGCCUGUUGUUGGGUUUGUGUAUUGGGCUCCCGAAUAUCAUUUCUUGGUGUUCUUCAAUCGGCUGAGGCUGCAAGAGUAGAUUCUCCUUUUGUACAUAAAGUCUGAGCUCAUAUAUUCUUUCGUUCAGAUUUUGUAGGUUAGAUGGUAUUUGUUGCUGAAUAAGUCCGUAAAGUAGAACCAGUGGAGAGAGCUGGAGCUUUUGAACCAUGUGUAGAAUUCCCGUGCAACCAACCGUGUACUUGUAAGCAACUAAGCAUAUCAUCAUCAUCAAAGUUUUUUAAGUCAUAGUGAAACUACUAAAGUUUAGAGUUGUAAUUUUUUUCUUUCUGGUAGCCACCGAAGCUUAAGCUUUGGCCUUUCUCUUUGCUCCAUUUUUCUUGGGGUAGUCUUCCAUCAGUAUGUGUACAUAAAUUUGAUGCUAACGAAUAAAUGCUUGGCUAAAUUAUAUUUGACAAUUAAGUUUUCAUCAUUUUAUUUUAUUUUUCA